AUGAUGAUGGUUCAGGUGGAUGCAUGCAUAAAUCAUGAAUGCGGACCAAAUGGUGAAUGUAUUCCAUUGAAUUUCACUUAUUACAAGUGUAAAUGCAAGCUCUAUUACGAUGGACCAAGAUGCGAUCUUUUCAAACCGAUUGAGCGAGCAGCGCGCUUUGACGGAGAUGCCUUCUUGGAAAUAUCUUCCGAUGAAUUUCCACACCUAACUUCCGAGAAGGAAGAAGUGGUAGAACUUAAGUUCAAAACCAAGGAACAGAAUGGUGUCCUUUUCUGGCAAGGACAAGAGCGUGGUACCUCCGUUGUAGGUGAGGACUACUUUUCAGUGGGAUUAAUUGAUGGAUAUCUGCACUUCUCCUACGAGCUAGGCGGAGGAGCAGCUCAUAUGGCAACCGAACAGCGAGUUGAUGACGAUAAAGAACAUGUAAUUCGGAUUGGUUCCUAUCACUUGAAGAUUUUCUUUGUUUCAAGAAAAGGUCGGCGUGGCGUUCUCAAGUUGGAUAAUCACACAGAGCAACGAGGCUUUAGCAGCGGAAUUCUGGCCAUGCUCAACGCGGAUGGGAACAUCUUUAUCGGUACGUAA